CCUAGGGCGCGGCGAAGCCUGGGCCUUUCCUGAGAAGGAAGGCGGGCACGGGGGGGGGCGUCUCCGGCGGCGCUUUCCGGCCCAGCCCCCCUUCGGUCGCAUGGGAGAGCCUCCUCAUGGACGAGAAUCUGGAGUUCUGGAGGAGCCAAGGGACGACCUUUUUCCAAAGAUUUUAUCAUUGGGCAGACAUCUUGAACCCAUUACUCUUGUUUGUAUCCCAACAAAAAAUUGACAAUGCCAGAAUACUUUUAUUGAAGAGAGGAGAAAAGGCUACAGAGUCCUUAGAGGACAAAAAGAUAAAAGAAGCUUGGAAACUAAGUCUGGCCUCUGUACACUCUGGCAGUGGUGAGACAAUUCCUGUUAUAUUUAGGCCACCAGCAUUCCUGCCCUUUACUGCUCCACUGGUUAUCACAACUUCAUUACCACACAGAGGAACUACCCAAGCAUUUCUUUGGCAGUUCCUUCUCCAUACGUACAUUGGUGGAUUCAGCUUGGCAAAUGGGAAUUCUGGAACAGAAGCAAUCAGGAAUGAUACAGAAAAGGAGUUUCCCUUCAAACAGUCACUUCUCAGCAUUGGCGCAAUCACAUAUUCUGCUUGUGUGGGAACUCUUCCUCAGUACUUAAUGAUCCACUAUAAACCACAGAAUCCUUCUGUGCAGCUUCUCUUCAGGAGUGUGAUACCAGGUCCGCUUACAGCCCUCCUGUGUGCAUUUAAUCUGACUGUAAUCAGGGCCACUGAGUUUGAGAAUGGAAUUAAGGUAAUGGAUCGCAAGGGCAGAGUCAUUGGAGUGUCUCAGAGGGCAGGAGAAAAGGCUGUGAAAGAAACAGCUAUAUCCAGAGCAGUAUUGUUUGGUACAGCGAUAUGUAUUCCAGACUUGGUUCUGCACUUUCUAAAACGUGCAAACAUUUUGCUUCGAAAUCCAUAUGUUUGGACUCCAUUGAGAUCUAUUGUGAUGAUUUCAGCUUUUGGAGCAAUGAUACCUGUUUCUUUUAGUUUGAUGCCACAAGUGGGCAAGAUAACAAGAAGUGAACUUGAGCCUGAAAUAAUUUCUACCACUGAAGAAACAGAAUUCUUUUACAACAGGGGAGUGUAAUGAUUUGGGAACACUUAAUCUAUUACGGACAGUAUUCCUCGUACAAUGAAGUAUGCAUAUUCAGAUGUACUAGUAACAUCUAAUCAAGUCAUUCUUUACAUUUCUCUGUAUUUGGAUGCAAAGCUGCAUGUAAAUUACAGCUAAAUCAUGUUGGAUUUCCGUUCUAUCACGGUUGCCUUUCAAAAAAGAAAGAUUUAAUUUUGUGACCCACUAUUUCUAACAAUUAAAAGCCCAUAAAAAGAAA